CUGGUGUUCACGGCGGAGUUUGAUGUGCGCACAGUGGAAAAGAGUUGGAUGAGUAAAAGCGGUCUCUAUCUUUUUCUAGAGUGAAGUUUCCCAAGACUGACAAAUCAUAAGGAUGAGCGAGAUGUUGCAGAGGUAGAAGAUUUUAAACUGUUUGGCUUUUUGGUACACAAAGUGAAGAAGAUGAUGAUCCAGGCCUCCUGUCUGCAGCUGUGUUCACUCUUGCUUAUGGCAGGACGCCUACAAGCUAGAGUAACAGCACCCCAGCAUCUGGAAGCACCAGUGGAGAAGCCUUUCACUCUGACCUGCAGUCUUUCAAAGGAGCGAGGUGAAUCCCUGAGAGAGGUGCGUUGGCUAGAUGUCCAGAACCAGACCCUGCUGACCUACCAGCCUGGCAACAGGGAGAGUGUGAGCGGACAGCAGCAUGUGGAACUCGCCCCGUCGUCCGCGAAGGACACCUCGUCUAUCAUCAUUCGCAGGGUGGGCUUCCGUGAUGAAGGCUGCUACACUUGCAUAUUUGACCUGCACCCUACUGGUUCAAAGCAGGGAUCGACGUGUCUCACAGUGACCUCUCAAGUCACCGUUGAUGGUAACAAAACAGCAGUUAGCGGCAAAAAGGUUUCCCUUUUAUGCUCCUAUGGUUUGCCAGAAAAAGUUCAACAGAUAAUGUGGAGGCACAUUUCUGCUCAAGGAGAAUCCACGGAUGUAGCUUCCUUUGCAAAACGGAGCGACCCCAUGAUCGAGCCACCCUACCAGGGGAGAGUCUGGCUCACUUCCUCCCUGUCUGACAGUCAGCUUACCAUCCAGCCUGUUGCUAUCCAGGACGAAGGCUGUUACACCUGCAUGUAUGAAACACGUUCUGAUGGGCUGAAGACCUCCACAGUUUGUCUCUCCACCUACGUGCUACCAAAACCUCAGGUGAGCUACAAAACCACUUCUCCAGGGGUGAUCGAGGCAAACUGCACCUCUGUUUCAAGGCCGCCAGCAGAGAUUGUGUGGAAUGUGGAGAGAGACAACCGCACCAUGGGCCCACCUGUGACAAAACAGCUACCGCAAGAUGAUGGGACCACUCUGGUGAUCAGUACGCUGACUGUCCAGUCUGGGUUGCUUAAAGACGUGUCGGUCAAAUGCUUGGUGCAUCACAAAGGGCUUGAGUCACCAAUUGCUGUAUCAAUGAACACUAAGAUCGGGACGGCGCUCACCAUCCUGAUCUCAGUCACUACAGUAGCAGCUCUGUUAGUCCUGUCUCUCUGCUUCUGCCUUUGGAAGUGUUUUUUGCGUAAAGAAGCUGAUUAAUUGUAAACAAAUGAGACCAGAGGCUGACAAGAAGAUAUGCUGGGAGCCAGCCUUGCAGAAUUAUUUCCCUGCAUUAUCGUCAUCUUCAUCAUCAUCAUCAUCAUCAUCAUCUCGGUACAAAGGGAAGAUAUUCUGACACACCUCUGUAGGAUGUUCAGUACAAUCCUAUUUAUGAGCACCAAAUGGACAACACUUAACUCUGCUCUGCUGCCUCUGAUAUAAUCUCCAAGACUGUCCUCACAUGGUGUCAGUGAGAAACUCUUAAGCAGAUCUCGCUGUCGUUCUCUGUGUGACUCUGUAAUUGAAUGAAUCGAUGCCCAGGCAUUCCUGAACCAACAGCAACGUCUCUGUGCGGCAAAUUAAAGUACUUGUUUGAGAGCACAUCGCCUGUCCUCAAAACACUUUCCUCUCUUAGACUCUUAGUCUUUUAUCUGGUCUUUAAAGAAAGAGUGCACUGCUAUUUUAUAUUUUUCAUAUUCAGCAAGUUAGCAGAAACCAAAUGUGUAUUUGUAUGUAUCCAUGCUGAAAUUAUAGGCAGUAAACGCUUUAUGUUUUGAAAAACCAUAUAUAUAUAAUUUUAUUUUAAAACAGUGAAAUUAUAUUAAAUAUUCCAAGAUUUAGCUGCUCAGCCACGCCUGCACUGCAGAGAUGUACUAACAUUUUGGAUGAUUUUUGGACAGUAGGAAAGAAAAUGCCAUCCUUAUCCUUUAAAUAACUAGCUAACUGUCACUAUGAGCUGAUACUUAUUCUUCCUCUUGUACCUCAGCUGAAGACCCUGUCGCUUCAGUGUAUUGUGAUAGUUGGGUGGGGCCAUCGGUAGUAUUAGAUGAACUAAAAGGGCUGCAUACUGAUUCCUUGUUUAUGUAAUAUCUAUUACAAACUUUUCUACACGUUUCAAAGUCUGUUUGUGUUUGAUGUGUGUGUGCGUGUGUGUGUGUGUGUGUGUCCAUGUGUGUUCGUUAGAGGUUGAAUUCCACGGUCAGAUGGCUUGAAUCAAUUGCCUGAGGGAGCAACAGUAAAACCUUUUUGGUGCCCCAGAAAGGAAUGCGUGUCUUGUUCGAUGCCUCUAUCGUACAGUCAUGGUUAGUGGUUUGAAAAAUUGGUUGAGAAUUUCACAAGACUCCACUCCUCUAAAUAUUUUUGCUCUGGAUCAAAGUGGUACCUGCGUGCUUAUAUGAUCAGCAAUGAAUUACAAUGGCGCUUCUGGGUAUUACUGUGUUUGUAUGUGCAAAGCGGUGCUUUUAAAAUGUUAUUUCCCUGUUGAAAUAAUAUUUCAUUUCAAAGCA